AUUCUCCCAAAAAAAAAAAAAAAAGGGGAAAACACCAGUGUUAUACCGAAGUAAGCUCUGAUUAGAGUGGAAUAUUAAUUUCCACCCUAACUCACCCACUGAGAGCAUACGGUGUAACCUCACCCUUAUAAAUAGUUCAUACCAAAGUGUGAACAACUUCAGCCUGCUUCUUCUUCUUCUCCUCUUUUCUUCUUCAGAUGACGGGUACGUAACAGUGUGCUACAGAGGAGGAGGAAGAGGAAAAAAUGUCGCCCAAAGUACCUUCAGGCCAAGGUAGAGGGAACUAUUCUGCUGUCCAAGUUGCGGUUCGAGUUCGUCCUCUGCUUCCCAAAGAGCUCCUGCACUGCCAUGAGAGCUGCAUCACCGUAGACCCUGAGUUGAACCGGGUCACGCUGGGCCAUGAUCGACACUUUGUUUGUGACUUCUUGUUUGAGGAGAGUUGCUGUCAGGAGGAUGUUUAUUCUGUGUCUGUUCAGCCACUUAUCGAUGCAUUCUUCCAAGGAUUCAAUGCCACCGUGUUUGCCUAUGGCCAGACAGGCUCAGGCAAGACUUACACUAUUGGAGAAGCUAAUAUUAGUUCCUUCAGAGAGGAGGAGCAGGGUAUCAUCCCCAGGGCUGUUGCUGAUGUUUUCAAACUGCUCGAUGAAAAUGACCUGACCGACUUCUCUGUACGAGUUUCCUAUUUGGAGGUGUACAAAGAGGAGUUCAAGGACUUGCUGGAGGUGAAGACCGCCAGCAAGGACAUUCACAUCAGGGAGGAUAAAGGGAACAUUGUGCUAAGUGGUGUAAAGGAGAGUGAAGUAGAGGGCCUUGAUGAGGUGUUAAGCUUGCUGGAGUCGGGAAACACAGCUAGACACACCGGUGCAACCCAGAUGAAUCCAAAUUCCAGCAGGUCUCACACCAUUUUCACACUCUACAUGGAUCAGCGUCGUGGAAGUUCUCGCCUGUAUGGGAGUGCUGGAAGCUCCGGGCCACAGGUGUUGUCUUCCAAGUUUCACUUUGUAGACCUGGCUGGGUCAGAGCGCAUUUUAAGGACUGGUAACACUGGAGAGAGAUUGAAAGAGAGCAUCCAAAUCAACAGCGGGCUUUUGGCUCUGGGAAAUGUUAUAGGAGCUCUGGGGGACCCAAAGAGGAAAGGUUCCCAUAUACCGUACAGAGACUCUAAAAUCACAAGGAUUCUAAAAGACUCUCUUGGAGGAAAUUCGAAAACACUGAUGAUUGCCUGCAUCAGCCCAUCAAACUCAGACUUUGAUGAGAGUCUUAACACUCUGAACUAUGCGACCAGGGCCAGAAACAUUCAAAACAAAGCUAUGGUCAACCUCAAGCGAGAGCCGGAUCGUGUGGAAGGACUGGAGCAGCAAAUCAAAGCCCUUCGUAGGGCUCUGGAAAACCGUCAGCGCUCUGAGACGCGAAUCAUUGCUCACGGCGAUCCGAACAGGAGACCUCGGAUCGGAGAAGCAGAGAUCUGCAGGCUGCAAGCACAAAGUGCUCACUACAGGACUUGUACAGACACUGCUUACAGGUUGCUGCGGGAACUGCAGAGCGAGGGGGCUUUAACCACAGAACACAGUCUGAGGGUGAAGGAGUGGCUUUGCUCGGUUGAGGAGGAGAGGAGUGGGCUCACAACCGCCUCCGGACCAGACAGCGGUAUCGAGAACAGCUCCACCGAGGAAACCGUGGCAUUGAGAAGAAACAGGCCUUCUAUUAGGAAUCACGACACAGAAGCUGUGGAGGAAAGCUGGGACGGUGAUCAUGAAAAUGAGAAAGAGAGUAUACUUCAUCUUCAAUCAGAAAUCCAACGCCUGGAGAAGGAAAACACUGAUUUCUUAGCAGCACUGGAGGACGCCAUGGAGCAAUACAAACAGCAGAGCGACAAGCUACAGGAGCAACAAGACCUGAUCACGGAACUGCAGUACCAGCUUUCUACUUUUGGCCUGAUGGGUCUCAACUUGAGGUUAAGGCCACACACUGCUCCCAUGAGCUCCAUGCAGCACGGUCAGAAUGGAAGCACAGCCAGACAGGCCAGCUUGAUGGGUCAUACAGGACAGGGUUCCGACCAGGAAGGGAAACUUGAUGAGGACCAGGAGAUCGAAGGUGGAGCAGAGACAUAUUUCAGGGAAAAAGACGCUGGUCAUACCAGCAUUAGCCAAGAGAAAUGCAGGUCGACGAACCUGACCUGGACCAAGGGAGAUCUGCUUUCAGGAGGACUAGGAACAGUCAGUAAAGGCCCAUUUUCUCAGCUUGAGCCAGAUCAGCACCCAUGUUUAGCCAGAAAAGCAUCUAACUCCAGCAGUGGGGACAGUCUAAGAAGCUUUGAGGGGAUAUCAGAGUGUGGGCUUCUUCAGGCACAGCAGAAGAUCAGGGAGCUGUCUGUGACCAUCCGCAUGAAGGAAGAACUCAUCAAGGAGCUGGUCAAAACAGGUAAGGAUGCACAGGCCCUGAAUAAGCAGUACAGCCAUAAGAUCUCAGCCCUGGAAAGUGAAGCUGAGCAGGCCCGUCAGGAGCUGCAGGAGGCUCAGCGACAGCUGCAGGAUCUGGAGAGACAAGAGAGAGAAAUCAGCACAACGGACAGGAGCAGAGCGCAGGAAUGUCGCAGGAAGAUAGCUGCUGCUCAGAGCAGAGUUCAGGUUCUCAGCCAGCGACAGAGGGAUACGGUCCGUUUGGCCAACCUUCCUGUCCAGAGUGAGCGUCGCGUGUUGGAGCUGGAGAGAAGUGUCCAGUCCAUGAAGCAGCAACAGGAGCAGCUGCAGAGACGCCUGCGUGAGGAGAGUCAGCAGAAACGGCGGCUGGAGACUGAAAUGCAGAGAAGGACUCACAGAGUCAAGGAACUCGAGAUAAAGAAUGAGCAGCAGCAGAAGAUUCUGAGGAUAAAGACCGAGGAGAUCGCAGCCUUCCAGAGACAACGACGCAGCGGAAGUAAUGGAUCCGUCAUUUCUUUAGAAGAGCAACAGAAGAUUGAGGAACAAAAGCGUUGGCUGGAUGAGGAAAUGGAGCGGGUCCUUGAUCAGAGAAAAGCACUGGAGGAUCUGGAAGGAGAACUGACAAAACGAGAGGAAAUCCUGGCUAAGAAAGAAGCUUUGCUGCAGGAACGCAGCGGGCUGGAGACAAAGAGGCUUCGAUCCAGUCAGGCUUUGAGUAAAGAUUUGGUGACACUUACUGGACGCAUCGAGACCCUGGAGCAAGAGCUCAGUGAGAGGAAUGGUCUCCUUCGAAGCGGCAGCGCUCAGGACUCCCAGCAGAUCCGACAGGAGAUCUCGAAUCUGCGGCAUGAGAAGGAUUCGUUGCUCAAACAGCGCGUUGAGCUGGAUGAUAAACUGCGCAAGGGAAACCUGCUCUCACCUGAAGAGGAGCGGACCCUUUUCCAGCUGGACGAGGCCAUUGAGGCGUUGGACGCAGCCAUUGAAUACAAGAAUGAGGCAAUCACUCAGAGGCAGAGACAGCUAAGGGCUUCUGCCAGUAUGCUCUCCCAGUGGGAAAUGAACCUCAUGGCCAAACUCAGUUAUCUCUCCGCCUCUGAGACCAGAGCUCUGCUGUGCAAGUACUUUGAUAAGGUGGUUUCUCUUCGUGAGGAGGAGCGAAAGCUGCAGCUUGCACUGGCCGAGCUCGAGAUGCAGCUGGACGAGCAGCAGAGGUUGGUGCAGUGGCUGGAAAAUGCCCUGGAUCGUGCACAGUUCGACACAGAUCGACGUCUCACACAGCAGCAGAAAGAACAUGAGAGGAGUGUGCAGCUGCUCCUGCAGCAGUGUCGAGAACAAUUGGAUGAGGGUUUGGCAGGACGGCAGCGGCAGUACGAGGGACACAUCCAUAAUCUGGUCAAGGAACUCAACCACUGCAGGACAACAAAUCUGGAGCUAAGCAACAAACUGAGAGAGAUCUGUGGCUCAGUCAGCCAGCCUAAGGAGCAUCCCAAAGGUAAAGUCUAGUUCUUUUUUCAUCAGCUC